UUACAAUGGGCGCGUCUAGUUUUGUCACGUCGCUUAAUGGAUGUCAUUGGUCGGUCUCCUCUCAAUCAGUGUGAUCUCGCACCUGUGUGUGUGUGUUUGAGUGUGACCCAAGGGAGCCUGUUGCUCAUGUGUGUGUUUUGGAGCGAUCUGCUUCUUUGCUGUGCGUGAUUAUGCGCGCAACUGAGCGAUAACGCUCAUGUGUUUUGCGUCUUUGCGCGUUAAUAAUUAUGAAGAGGACGCUUUUGGGAUAAAUGCAUGUUUUGUGUUUCUUCAUGCUCAUUGAUCUCCAUCCUCAUCCUCCGCCAGCAUCCGAUGAAGUUUGGGCGCGUUUUAGAUGCACUAUGUGAUGCAUUUGUGAUAUAGUCAACGCGGCGCGUCUCGAGAAGAACAUCGAAAGCAAAACAUCCUCGCUAUUUGUUUCCGCGAUGUCAAUCAAAAAAGCAACACUGAUGGAGAAUGUGCUUCAAAACGGAACAUCGAGAAAUAUGCUGGAGCGAUGCGCCUCGGUCAAUGAGUAUUUUGAUGUUGCCUUCAAGGUGAUGCUGCUGGGAGACUCGGCAGUGGGGAAGACCUGCGUCCUGGUGCGCUUUAAAGAUGGGGCCUUUCUGGGAGGCAACUUCAUUGCAACAGUGGGGAUAGACUUUAGGAAUAAGGUGGUGACUGUGGAUAACAUGAAGGUCAAACUCCAGAUUUGGGACACGGCCGGUCAGGAGCGGUUCCGCAGCGUUACUCACGCGUACUACAGAGACGCUCAGGCUCUACUGCUGCUGUAUGACAUCACCAGAAAGGCCUCCUUCGACAACAUCAGAGCCUGGCUGACUGAAAUCUACGAGUACGCACAGAAGGAUGUGGUCAUCAUGUUGCUUGGCAACAAGUCAGACAUGGCUGCUGAGAGGGUCAUCACACACGAGGAAGGGGAGAAGCUGGCGAAGCAAUAUGGAGUCCCUUUCAUGGAGACAAGUGCCAAGACCGGUGUCAACGUGGAACUCGCUUUCCAAGCCAUAGCAAGAGAACUGAAGCACAGAAAUCUCCAGCAGCCCCACGAGCCCAAGUUCAAGAUCCACGAUUACAUCGACUCGCAGAAGCAGAAGUCCAGCUGUUGCCUCGUGUGACGGACCUCCUCCACGUCCAAGAUAUUUCUAUACGAAGAUGUGUGUGUGAACGUUGUUUUGAUGUGUCCGAUGAUCCCCCAGACCCUUGUUCGCUUUCUAGUCAGGAAUAUACAGCCAAAUACUGCUGAGGUACAUCAGAGUAAUAAGCCUCUGGAGGUGGUUUCUGCUUUAUAAACUGCAUUAAUCCAGGUGUGUACAGUUUCCAGGUACGUCUGUCUGUGUAACAUGAUUUUUCUGCGUUUCUCUGACGGUUAUAGCCUCUGUCUACACACAGAAUAAAAUAUAUUGGUGUUACAUUACAUUAUACGCCACGCGAAUGUGCCGGGCAGUGAGCUUGUGUCCAGUGUUUAUAAAAUCCUGUAUAUUUGAGUGUCUUGCAGAGUCAAAAUAUCAGCUUCUGUUAAGUGUUAUGUUUACAAUCAGUGUAUAUAUUGACUUGAAAACAAUCAUAGCACAGCUUGACUGAGUCAGGCCUUGAUCAUGAUGUAAUAUGGGUUUUAAUUUCACAUGUCGCACUCACUAGUAUGAUUGUCUGACAUGCAUAGGGAUUGAUGUGAAUAUGGGCUGUAGCCUAUUGUAAAAUAUAAUUUUUUUCACAGUGGUCACAAAGUGCCAUGAGAAAGUUCAAUGUAACCACAUACAUGUGUUUUGUAAGAGAGGGCUUUGUUUUCAGUGCUUUGUUUGGG